CCAUGUGCUAUUCGAUCAGAGACCGCUCGAAGCCGAUGCCAUGGCGUGGGAUGGCGAUUGGGGCGGCUGGGGUGGCUGGGGCGGCAACGACUGGAAGAGGAAGCGCUCGGAGAAGUGGAACAAUGAGCACAAAUGCAAGCAAUGCCGCAAGUGGGAGCAGGAGGGCGAGUGGUCCGGCAAGGACUUCUACUGUGGCCGCUGCGCCGCUAAGUUUGCGCAGCAAGGGCACAAAGACGACUACGAGGGCGCCAGUGAAGCUGGAAUCGAAGCCUGGCUGGGGGCGUACAAGGCCAAGUGGAAGGAUCUCAUUGAGAUGGAGUGGCAGGAGGAAAUGCGCGUCAUCGAUGACCGGCUCAGAAACUGGUCUUUGCAGCGGCUGGUGGGGCAGGGCUUUUGCAUCACAGACCUGGAAGCCCGGAAGCGAGGCGCCUUCUUCGGCAAGGCCAAGGUGGCCUUUUCCAAGCCCACGAUCCCCAGGCACCAGUUCUCCUCGGGGGACGAGGUGAUCGUCUCCAGGGGCAAUCCAUUGGACAAGAAGCAGGCGUGGAAAGGCGAGAUCCUGGAGCUCGGGAUGAACCGCCUGGCCAUCGUGUCCGACGAUGUGCCCUGGGACUUGUCUGGGCGCUGGCGCCUCGACUGUGGAGCCAACAAGACGGCCUACGAGAGGACAAAGUCGGCCUUGGGGUACGUCACUGGCGCCAAGUACAAGUCCGACCUGCGGCGAUUGGUGCUCAACGAGGAGGGCGAGCAGUUCCUUCGCCAGCUGCCUGACCAGGUGGAGGAUGCAGAUUUCAGCGCACUCAACGCCUCGCAGCAAGCGGCGGUGCGGGCGGUGGAAGGGCAAAACCUGGGGCUCAUCCAGGGUCCGCCCGGCACAGGCAAAACUACCACCACGUGCCAGAUGAUUCGACGAAUGGUGGAGAGGAGGAAGAAGGAGGGCCUCCGAUCCGGGAUCCUGGUGAGCGCUGACAGCAACGUGGCGGUGGACCAGUUGCUGGCGGGACUCCUCCGCCUGGGGGUCAAGGCGCUGCGCAUUGGGUUUCCGUCCAAAGUGACGCAGGAGCUUCGGGCGCAUACAUUGCUGGCGCAGUCGGAGGAGCACCCUUUGAACGCCAAAAUCGAGGAGACGCGCGAAGCACUGGCGCAGGUGAAGAACGCGCUCUACUCUGGACAGCUGAAGGGCAAGGGCAAAGGCCUGGCUCACCGAGACAUCUCGCUGCACGUGCGGGACAUCCAAAAGUUCGAGCAGCAGGUCACUGCGGAGCUCCUGGACGCAGCGGAGGUGGUGUGCUCCACGCUCAUCGGCUGCGGCGCGGACGCGCUGCUGCAGAGCAGCUUCGAUACAGUCAUCAUCGAUGAGGCCUCACAAGCCACGGAGCCUCGGUGUCUCGUGGCUUUUCAGAAAGCUCGGCAGCAGUUCAUCAUGGUCGGGGAUCAGAAGCAGCUGCCGCCCGUGGUGCUGUGCCAAGCUGCGGAGCAGAAAGGACUGCGGUACUCCCUCUUCGACCGCCUGCUGAACUCCCCGUCGCUCUUUAACCAGGAGAUCAACAUGCUGCAGGUGCAGUACCGCAUGCAUCCGCUGAUCCGGGAAUGGCCCGGUUCCCAGUUCUAUGGCGGACGGCUUCAGGACGGCUUGCCCAAGAAUGCCUUCUCCUCGAGCCUCAUGAGCAAGCCUUUCUUGCCGUCCCGGAAUCCCCUCAUGUUCUUGGACACCUCGGAAAGCGAGGCCACGGCGGAGUUCUUGCGGCGUUUCGGACGGAAGGCCUGCGUCGCGACCGAGAGCCAGAACAGCGACGGGAGCAAGUUCAACCUACUAGAGGUCGAGUUGGUGAAGGCAGUUCUUUUGAAGCUGCUGGAGGCGGGCGAGGAAGACAUUGGCGUCAUCUCUCCGUACACGGCGCAGGUGACCCAAAUCAAGGCCGCCCUGGAAGCCGAGAAGAUCACGCAGGAGUCCAUGCCGCGGGAGGGCCGCUUUGUGGAGGUGAAGACGGUGGAUGGCUACCAGGGCCGUGAGAAGGAGGUCAUCAUCCUUUCCUGCGUGCGUACGGAAGGCUUGGGCUUCCUCACGGACGUGCGGCGCCUGAACGUGGGCAUCACCCGUGCCAAGUCCUUUCUUGUGGUCAUCGGCUGCGGGGCGCUGCUGCGCUCAGAUCCGGUCUGGCGGUCCUACCUCCGCUUUCUGGACCAAUUCCGCUGGUGGCCAUGAAAACAGCUCAGCGCUGCUGUUGCCGGUGGGAUCUUUUUGCUUCGAGUUGCUGCAGCCAUUUCGAGUCGCAGCAACAGGUUGCAUCAGGUGGCAAA